AUGAAGUCACGCCUUGUUUACUGCGCCAAGAUCAUCCGCGCCCACCCGGGCAAGACACAAGUUCUCACCACGGGCCUGAUCAUGAUGUCAGGAGACAUCAUCAGUCAGAAGUUCAUCGAGCGAAGCCAGUUCAUCGACGCCCGACGGGCAUCCAGGUUCUUCUUGAUGGGAAUCAUCUACCGCGGUCCCGUCUGGUAUGUCUGGUUCAGAUUCCUGGACAGGAAGAUCGGUGCCGGCAACGCUCCAAGGACAGUCCUCAAGAAACUCCUGACAGACCAGGUCCUCUUCAGGCCGAUGUCCCUGUUCUGUUUCCUCGGAAUCCUCUCGAUCCUGCACAGGCGGCCGUGGGUCGACGUUAAAAAGACCAUCUGGGCGGACUACGUGAGUGUUUUGAAAGCGGGCUACAUGUUUUGGCCUGUCGUCCAGCUCAUAAACUACGGAUGGGUGCCGGGCCACUUCCGACUCAUCUACUUCAAUUCCCUGGGUGUUGUAUGGAACACUUACCUGUCCUGGAAGGUGAACCGGUCCAAGCACCCGGUUGAAGUUCUAAAGACUGUUGAAUACAUGAAAACUGGCCUGAACUGA